AUGUUAAAGGACCCUUUCUGCAAGGGCCCCAGCAAGCUGGUGUUCUGUGAAGUCUUCAAGUGCAACCCAGAGCCUGCAGAGACCAAUUUAAGACACCCCUGUAAACGGAUAACGGACAUGGUGAGCAACCGGCACCCCUGGUUUGGGACGAAGCAGGAAUAUACCCGCAGGGGCACAGAGGACACCUCUUUGGUUUGCCUGCCAAUGGCUUUCACGGACACCAAGGCCGUGCCUGUGCAGUGGGGAUUCCAGGUAGGGAGGGCCCUGUGCAGGAGUCGACGUGGGAGAUCGUCUCUGGGCGGCCUCUUCGUCUUGCACGGUGUGUGGUCUUCUAAACGAACUGGCCACAAGCCCUUCCAGUACCAGUACCAGGUGCACGACUUGCAGCCUCAAAACCCCUCCUAA